ACAUAGGUGCCGGACUCGUCCCAGCGAAGAACCGGACGAGCGAGCAAGAGGCCUCCUCCUCAAGCUUCGAAUCCUCCCCUUCCGCGCUUUCCCUCCCCCUCCUCCUCCUCCCCUUUCCAGUCCCCACCCCAGCGAAGCUUCCAAAGCCGCCCCAACCCCAACGGCCGCCCGGCCCGAUCGAGCAGACAGCUGCCGCGGCCCUCCCCGCCCCGCACGCGACCUCGGAGCCAUGGAGAAGUACGAGCUGCUGAAGGACAUCGGCGCCGGCAACUUCGGCGUGGCGCGGCUCAUGCGGAACAAGGAGACCAAGGAGCUGGUCGCCAUGAAGUACAUCCCCCGGGGCCAAAAGAUCGACGAGAAUGUGGCGAGGGAGAUCAUCAACCACCGCUCGCUGCGCCACCCCAACAUCAUCCGGUUCAAGGAGGUGGUGCUGACGCCGACGCACCUGGCGAUCGUGAUGGAGUACGCCGCCGGCGGCGAGCUGUUCGACCGGAUCUGCAACGCCGGGAGGUUCAGCGAGGACGAGGCGAGGUACUUCUUCCAGCAGCUGAUUUGUGGCGUCAGCUACUGCCACUCCAUGCAAAUCUGCCACCGAGACUUGAAGCUGGAGAACACGCUGCUGGACGGCAGCCCGGCGCCUCGCCUCAAGAUCUGCGACUUCGGUUACUCCAAGUCGUCGCUGCUGCACUCGAAGCCCAAGUCGACGGUCGGCACGCCGGCGUACAUCGCCCCCGAGGUGCUCUCCCGCCGGGAAUACGACGGCAAGACAGCCGAUGUGUGGUCCUGUGGAGUCACUCUUUAUGUGAUGCUGGUCGGUGGUUACCCUUUUGAGGACCCAGACGACCCAAAGAAUUUCAGAAAGACGAUCGGGAGGAUCAUGUCAAUCCAAUACAAGAUACCAGAGUAUGUGCACGUGUCGCAAGACUGCAAGGAGCUGCUUUCAAGGAUCUUUGUUGCAAACUCUGCAAAGAGAAUAACGAUCAGGGAGAUCAGGAACCACCCCUGGUUCCUGAAGAACCUGCCCAGAGAGCUCACGGAGGCUGCGCAGGCCAUGUACUACAAGAAAGACAACAGCGCCCCGACCUACUCCGUCCAGUCCGUGGAGGAGAUCAUGAAGAUCGUGGAGAAGGCGCGGACGCCGCCUCCUUCCUCCACCCCCGUGGCUGGCUUCGGUUGGGCGGAGGAGGACGAGCAGGAGGACAGCAAGGAUCCAGACGAGGAACACGAGGACGGCGAGGACGAGUACGAGAAGCAGGUGAAGCAAGUCCACGCCAGCGGGGAGUUUCAUCUCAGCUGCUGAGGGUUUUCGCCGGCCUGCUAGUCUGUGGUACCAGCCGAUGAUGGACCUGCUAGUCUGUGGUCUUGUUUUCAAGUUUUCUUUCAUUUUUUUCUUUCUUUUGCUGUGGUGCCGCAUGACUGCAACAGUUGUAAAUUAUUGAAGGGGGUUCCAGCGUUGCCCUUGUAUUGACUCAUUCAAGCUAGCAUGGGGAACAUAAUUAUGGAAUAAAACAGGUCGUUGAGCA